AUGACCUGUGUCCUGUGGUCGCCGGCGGCCGGGGCCGUCCGGGCGCUGAAGCUCGCGCGCUGGGCUUCCCGAAGCCUGCAUCCGCCGCCCGGGGGCCGGGCUCGGGCGCCCGCGGCUGGGGGCGAGGAAGAGGACGACCCUGACCGCCCGGUUCAGUUUUCCUCCAGCAGAGCCAACCCGUCCCGCUGGACGGUGGAGCAUUCCCUGGGAUGGGAACAGCAGCGGCCCUGGUGGAUGGUGCUGCCCUUCAGCGUGUCCCUCAUGGUUCUGGUCAUCUGGUGCUUCCUUAGGCAGGAGACCAGCGCGGACCUGUGGUUGAGACGGGUGUUGGAAGAAGAGGUACCAGAGCCCGGAGACCAUGCUGAGGAGCCUGGAGCCGCGGCUGCCCACGGGUCGAGAACUUAACGGGCUGCCCGCGGGGCUGGCAGCGAGGGAGUAGGCAAGCCGCUCUCAGGCCUUGACGCCUCGUUUGCCCGUUUCUGUCCCGAUUAUGUGCUUCCCUAGACUGAAGAACUGGAUGGCUCACCUGGCCACGCUGACCCGGUGAAUGGGGAGCAGAGUGUCAGCGGGUCGGAACCAGCUCUUUGCCUGAUACUUGAAGGCCAACGAAUACGUCCAAGAGACUUUCCAGAUCCAUAGGAAAGGUUUUGGCUGCCGCGUGUGCUUUUGGAUUUGUGGCGUCUUUGUACAGUAUUAUCAUGUUUCAAAACGAUUCUGGUGACACUUGUAAUCCAGUUUGCAGGUCAUUUGGUUUCUGAGACAGAGUAAUUGGCAGAAGAGUUAAACUUUUUAUUUUAUAAGAUACUGUGGUGUGUAUAAAUUGGUGUUAGUUUUACAAAUUAACAAAUUGACAAAUUUUAAUUUGGUCAGGUAGAAUUAAGCCAAUCCCCUGUUUUUUUGCAUCUUAUUAAAAAAAAGGGAGCCUUCUAAUGCUUUUUCAA